AUGUCAAAUAAUAGUGAUAAUAAUAAUAAUAAAUAUGGUGAUAAAGUAUACUAUAUAAAAAUUGUUAUAGUAGGGGAUGAUGGAAGUGGUAAAACCUGUUUAAUUUAUAGAUUGGCUGAAAAUAAAUUUCCUCAAGAUUAUAUUCCAACAAUAUAUGGUGGUUACGUUGGGGAAUUUCAAUUUGGUCCAAAUAAAGUACAAUUAGCACCAUGGGAUACAUGCGGGUUAGAAGAUCAAAAUAAACUAAGACCUCUUUCUUAUGAUCAUACCAAUUGUUUUGUUUUAUGUUUUUCGAUAUCAAAUAGAGAAUCAUUUAAUAGAUGUUUAGAUUUUUGGUACCCUGAAAUUCAAAGAUUUUGUCCAAAUACUCCAAUAGUUUUAGUUGGAACCAAAUCAGAUGUUUAUAAUAAUCCAAAUUAUGUUAAAGAACAAUUGGUUACAAAUAGCGAAGGUGUAGAAAUGGCUAAUAAAAUCAAAGCAGUACAAUAUAUAGAAACCUCAUCAUUAGAUAAUAUAAAUAUAAUGAAAGUUUUUGAAACUGCUUCUUUUCUUUCAAUUGAAAAUCUUAAUAGUAAUAAUAAUAAAAAUAAAUAUAAUAAUAAUAAUAAAGAUGUUAAUAUGGAAAACAAUAAAAGAUGUAUUAUUAAUUAA